GCCAAAGCACCAGAUGUCCUGCGAUGACAUCGAGGUGCUCUCCACCGGGACGCCCCUGCAGCAGGAGAGCCCCGAGCUGUACCGAAAGGGCACGACCCCUUCCGAUCUGACCCCCGACGACAGUCCCCUGCAGAGCUUCCCCGCCAGCCCCACAUCGACCCCUCCGCCAGCUCCUGCCUCCAGGACCAAGAUGGCCCACUUCUCCAGGCAGGUCUCCGUGGAUGAGGAGCGAAGCGGGGACAUCCAGAUGCUCCUGGAGGGCCGCGGAGGGGACUAUGUCCGCAACAGCUGGGGCGAGGAGAAGGCUGGGGCCUCUAGGGGUGUCCGCAGCGGUGCCCUACGCAGCGGCCAGCCCACUGAGGACUUCCGCACCCGGGGCUCAGGCCACAAGCAGCCUGGGAACCCCAAGCCCCGGGAGCGGCGGACGGAGUCCCCAACCACGGUCUCGUGGACUUCUCACCACCGGGCAGGCAAUCCCUGUUCUGGGGGCCCCAAGCUGCUAGAGCCAGACGAGGAGCGGCUAAGCAACUACAAGCUAGAGAUGAAGCCCUUACUAAGGAUGGACGCCUGUCCACAGGACACCCACCCACAGAGACGGCGUCACAGUCGGGGUGCUGGGGGAGACCGGGCCUUCGGGCUACAGAGACUGAGGUCCAAGUCCCAGAACAAGGAGAACCUCAGGCCAGCCUGCUCUGCAGAACCCACGGUGCAGAAACUGGAGAGCCUGCGGCUGGGGGACCGGCCCGAGCCCCGCCUGCUGCGUUGGGACCUGACCUUCUCCCCACCCCAGAAGUCCCUGCCUGUUGCACUCGAGUCUGAUGAGGAGACUGGGGACGAGCUCAAAUCCAGCACAGGCUCAGCUCCCAUCUUGGUCGUCAUGGUGAUCCUGCUCAACAUUGGAGUCGCCAUUUUGUUUAUUAACUUUUUCAUCUGACACGAUUGUUGUGACCACGGAAGCGAUGAUGUACAAAAGGGACGUUAAAAGCAAAACACGAAGGGGAAUCCUGACUCGGACAGCCCCACGACUCCUGGCCUUCCACAGAAGAACAUGAUUGGGUAUCAAUCACAGUUUGCCUUUUUUUCUGGGUAAUGUUUUUUUGAAUUUUAGCCAAAAUUCUUUGCUUGUAUAACAUGAUGCUGCGUGGCAUGGUAGGAGGAGGCCGGCAUGCCACCCCUCCAGCUUGGUAUGAACGGGUUCUGGCAAGCCAGCAGCCAAAAGAUUGGGACCU